AUGGAGAGUGAAGAAGAAAAUGCAGAAAUUAAGUGGGAAAAGUUGUGGAGAGUUGGGAAGAAAGAAGGAAACUCGACUCCUGCAGCUUCGUUUUGGAGAGCCAAUGCGAAUCAAUUGGAUCACAAUGUUGGGCUCAUUUCUUCGAGAAAACUUGCGGCUGCUCUCUGGGAUUUCCAUCAAUACAAGCCGCCGCGCCGCCCUCCGCCACCGUCUACUUCUUGUAAACUGCCAGAGAGUUCGAGUAAUUUAAGGAGGCGUGUCGCUGACUUACUAAUGCAGCAUCAUCGCUCAAUUGAAACGAGUAACCAUGCUACACAAACUGUGUCACCUUCUAUCUGUAGCAGUUCAAUGGAGAUUGCACCAUGUUACCCUGCUACCCCUUCCAGCUCAGUCGAAUUAAACGGUGAGUUAUCUUAUAGGUCAAAAACAUCGACGAAACUGCUCAAAGUUUUGAACCGUGUCUGGAUCCUGGAGGAGCAGCAUGCCUCCAACGUGUCUCUUAUCAAGGCGUUGAAGAAAGAGUUGGAUCAUGCUUGUUUUCAAGCAAAGGAGUUGUCGAGAGAGAAGCAGCGUGAACCUAUGGAACGUCUUACUGGAGGUACACUACUUAAAACAAACAAGGCUAAAGUUCAGUCCACACGAAACGAACUUGAGCAAGAGAGGGAGUUGAGGAACCACUCGGAGAGCUUACAAAGAGAGUUGGCUCAGGAGCUUUAUGAGGUGAAACGCUCUGUAGCUAGAAUUUCUAAAGAACUGGAGAAAGAAAGGACGUCGCGUGGUUUCUUGGAAGAGCUUUGCGAUGAGUUAGCAUGGGGAGUGAGGGACUGUGAAAAGGAACUUCAUGAUCAGAGGCAGAAAUCUGAUACAUAUUUGGGUGAGAGAGACAAUCAUGAUCAGUUGAUGCUUCGUAUAGCUCAAGCGCGGCUUGAUGAACGGAUGAAGGUGAAGCAGCAACAUCAGAAAACUUCAGUGGAGUCAAUGCCUAGUGCUCGUCUAGAAGAAGACGAUGGUGAUGGCUCCUCGAGUAGUCAGUCUACCUGUUUUGAGGUGGAAAGAACAAGCAAACGCAGCUUGAAACCGCAAGGACAGAAACUCCUAGAAAACCAUUUUGAGAAAAUGUUGAGGAUAGAGGAGUUUAAGAAAAAAAACAAGUCCUCUGAUAGGACAAGAGCCUCGACUCCAUCGAGGUUACAGGCAAAAUUUGAGGAACAUAUGGCUCAAGCAAUGUCAAAUAGUACAAGUAAGCUGAUUAAUAAAGAUCGUGUAACAGCUUCUUCGUUGAGGAGGAGUUCCCAAUGUCCGGCACAGGCCUCAGAGAUGCCACUGAAGCUUCUCUCCGAGUUAAAGGAGCUGUCUGAAGCAAGAUCAGGGGGGUCAAAAGUCAAGCUCACGUCAAGAAGCUCUGAUCUACCGCUCAAGAGAUGA